AUGGCUGACAACGACAACCAGCGACUGAGGAAUUUCAAGAACAAGGGUCGGGAUUUAGAGUCUAAUAGAAGACAGAGGACUGAGGUAGUGGUGGAACUGCGAAAGAACAAAAGAGAUGAGCACCUCCUGAAAAGAAGAAACGUACCCAGUGAGGACAUUUGUGAUGAUUCUGAUGUCGAUGGAGAUUUCAGAUCGCAAAAUACCUCUCUUGAAGCAAUAGUGCAAAACGCCACCAGUGAUAACCAGGGCAUCCAGCUGAGUGCUAUUCAGGCUGCCAGGAAAUUGUUGUCUAGUGACCGCAACCCUCCCAUUGACGACCUCAUCGAGUCUGGGAUCCUUCCUAUUCUGGUCCACUGUUUGGAUAGAGAUGACAACCCUUCUCUGCAGUUUGAGGCAGCCUGGGCUUUGACCAACAUAGCAUCUGGAACAUCUGAGCAGACCCAAGCUGUGGUGGAUUCCCAUGCCGUGCCACGCUUCCUGAGGCUGCUUCAAUCCCCUCAUCAGAACGUGUGCGAACAGGCAGUCUGGGCUUUGGGCAACAUCAUUGGUGACGGUCCGCAAUGCAGAGACUACGUGAUCGGCUUGGGGGUUGUCAAGCCGCUGCUGUCUUUCAUCAGUCCCUCCAUUCCCAUCCCAAUCACCUUCCUUCGCAAUGUCACAUGGGUUAUGGUGAACCUGUGCCGCCAUAAAGACCCGCCACCGCCCAUGGAGACCAUCCAAGAGAUCCUACCAGCUCUGCGUUUGCUGAUCCACCACACGGAUGUCAGUAUUUUGGUAGACACUGUGUGGGCUCUGUCCUAUUUGACAGAUGCUGGGAAUGAGCAGAUCCAAAUGGUGAUUGACUCUGGCAUCGUUCCUCACCUGGUCCCUCUGCUUAGCCACCAGGAGGUCAAAGUCCAGACUGCUGCCCUGAGAGCUGUGGGUAACAUCGUGACCGGAACAGAUGAGCAGACUCAGGCGGUACUCAACUGUGAAGCUCUCAACCACUUCCCUGCCCUCCUGUCACACCCCAAAGAGAAAAUUAACAAGGAGGCGGUUUGGUUUUUGUCAAACAUCACAGCAGGAAAUCAGCAGCAGGUGCAGGCUGUCAUUGAUGCGAAACUAGUACCCAUGAUUAUUCACCUCCUUGACAAGGGAGACUUUGGAACCCAGAAAGAAGCUGCCUGGGCCAUCAGCAACCUCACAAUAAGUGGGAGGAAAGAUCAGGUGGCACAUCUGAUUGAAAAGCAGGUCAUUCCUCCAUUCUGCAAUCUGCUCACAGUGAAGGAUGCCCAAGUGGUUCAGGUGGUCCUGGACGGCCUCAGCAAUAUUCUGAAAAUGGCAGACGACAAAGCUGAAACUAUCGCUAAUCUCAUUGAAGAAUGUGGAGGUUUGGAGAAAGUCGAACAGCUGCAGAAUCAUGAAAAUGGAGAUAUCUACAAGCUCGCAUAUCAAAUUAUUGAUCAGUUUUUCUCAUCUGAUAUCGACGACGACAGCCUGGUCCCCGAACCCAUCCAGGGUGGAACUUAUGGCUUCAACUCCGCCAACGUGCCAGCCGAAGGAUUCCAGUUCUAG